CCUUAAACAACCGUCUCUAUGCCUCAAACCAUUCCCACAACUCUACCCAACUCAACAAGGUUAUAGUCUACAAUGACCUCUAAGAUCCCGGAGAAUCUCUACCAUGUCCUCCUCACAACCACCCACAUCAACAAGAACCCCAACAACAUCAUCGAAACCCUCCGCAUCCCAGGCACCUACACGUCCCUUCUUGCCGCCAAAGCCGCUGCCCACAGCUGCCUUUACGACGCCGGCUACGAGCGAGACUUUUUCCCGACCUACGAAACCAGCCACGCUAUCUUUGAGAAGGAGAACCUCCCCGACCGUUUGGGCCUCGCCAUUUACGCUGUGGCCCCGGACGGCACCACAUUCCGCGUCCGCAUAGACACCACCCCUAACAAACUUCAACUCACCACCGAUCUUGACGACGGCCGUGUCUCCAUCCCGCUGUACUAUGUCGUCCAGGCUAAUGUGGAGUACGAUGCCAUUGAGGGACAAAGUACCGUCCGGGAGGUGAUUGUGCAGAGCACUUUCACGGAGUACCUUCAGGGGAGGGAGUAUGCGAGGAGUGUGUUGCUGUCAGAACAGGACGGGAUCUUGAAGGGCAGUUAUGCAGCGUAUGUGGAAGCCGGAGAGGAGGAACGAGAUUGUGGGUAUGGGGAGAACGUGGUUGUGCAUGCGUCGUCUGAUUAUGGGGUCAAUCAUCUAGUUAGUGUGAUUAGGAAUCAGGAGUUGGGGAGUGUGAUUUUGGCGGAGGCUGCGAUGAGGAUUGGUUAGUGCAUCUUUGAGGUAUUCUCAUUCAAUGAUUAUGAGCCUUUCAUAGGGACAAGUGGGG